AUGGAAGUAAUAGAGCUGGUAGUUAGAGACACAGAGGAGUUAACUAACCGCUAUGUUUUAGCGGUCUACUUAAGGGGAUCACGAAUACGUGGUUUGAAUGAUGAUGAAUCAGAUUAUGAUAUAACAGUUUUAACCAAUCCAACGAAGAGAGAACUUUUAACGAAUGUGAUGUUUAGUGAAAAGCUAAGAUUACCUCAGUACAAUGUUGAAGGUAACAUAACGACAUCCGCACAUUUUUAUAAAUUGUUACUAAGGAUCUCCUGUAGCAUUGGAGACAAUUCACGCAUACCCCUUAUAUAUCGACAAAAGCUUCCAGAUCUUAGCUGCCUUAUUAUAUGA